GGGUUGCAGGAAUGAAGUGGUCUUGGCUAGUGUUCGUAGCGGCAGCGGCAGUGGUAGGAGCGAACCCCAUCGAGGGACCGCAGUGGUAUUACCAUGACGCUGUGGGGAUUCCACUGUCUGCGCGCUUAAUGGAGUUGGAGAAACAAGUCAAUUAUACCAGAAUUGUUGGCGGCACCGCGUCGAAUUUAGGCGCGCAUCCUUUCAUGGUGGGAAUUGUAAGCCAUUUUGCUGGGACUUCAGCUACGUCAGUAUGCGGGGCAUCCCUUUUGUCGAACACGCGCUCGCUGACGGCGGCGCACUGCUGGUUCGAUGGCUGGCGCUGGGCGCAAAGGUUCACGAUGGUGUUCGGUUCCCAGAGGCUUCAUUCCGGCGGCGUCCGCAUUGAUACUUCCGACAUCGUAAUGCAUCCCAGCUGGAACGUAAAUAAUUACCAAAACGACAUAGCCGUCGUCAGGCACAACUGGGUUACAUUUACCAAUAUCAUCAGUCCCAUAAACUUGCCGACUGGGCAACAGAACAACAACUUUGCUGGCACUUGGGCUAUGGCUAUGGGCUUUGGGAUGACAUCAGACUUUACACCACCCGCACAAAACCAGGAGUUGAGGCAAGCGAACCUGCAAGUGAUCACGAACGCUCAGUGCCUUCCAAGAUGGCCGAACAUCGUUGCAUCAUCGUUGUGCACAACGGCGCCUGUCGGUGUUAACGUUUGCGUCGGCGACUCCGGCGGCCCGCUCGUGGUCGGUAGUGGCAACAGCCGAAUUCAGAUCGGCGUAGUUUCCUUUGGUGCUCACAGUUGUGAAGCAGGCCAAUUCUCUGUCUUUGCACGUGUCACUUCAUACCUGUCCUGGAUCUUAUCAACGCUUGGGAGGAUAAUUUCUAAAAUGAAGUGGUGCUUGUUACUUUUUUUAGUAGCAGUGGUAGUGGAAGCGGUUCCCUUCGAGGCACCGCGGUGGUCCUACCACGAGAAAGUGGGAAUUCCGAUGUCCGAGCAACUGAAGAAGUUUGAGUUGGCAGCCAAUUCUAGCAGAAUUGUUGGCGGCACCUCGGUGCCUCUUGGCAGGCAUCCUUUCAUGGUGGGAAUCGUGAUCCACUUGUUCACUGCAUCCACGUCUAUGUGCGGCGCGUCUCUCCUGACGCACACGCGCUCGCUGACGGCAGCGCACUGCUGGUACGACGGCUGGCGCUGGGCGCGUAUGUUCACCAUGGUCUUCGGCUCCCAGACGCUGCAUAUUGGCGGUUUGCGUAUCGACACCGAAGAUGUUGAGAUGCAUCCCGACUGGAACACAGUAAAUCUCAACAACGACGUCGCUAUCGUCCGGCACGAUUGGGUUGCCUUUAAUGAUAUUACUAGACCCAUCAAUCUACCAAUUGAUCAAGCAAACAACGAUUUUGCUGGAUCUUGGGCGAUAGCUGUUGGCUACGGGAAACAAUUCGAUAAUCAGGUUCCCACAUUUAAUCCGGACUUGAGAGAGGCACACCUUCAGGUGAUACCAAACGAAGUGUGUCGUCAGUUGUAUCCUGGUUUUAUUGUAGACUCAACUCUCUGCACAAUAGGACCCAUUGGGACCAAUAUUUGCCAAGGUGACUCAGGCGGCCCUCUUGCGCUUGAAACUGGCGAUGACCGAAUUCUGAUUGGUGUUGUUUCGUUCGGAGCUGGUGCCUGCGAGGGAGGGCAUCCAGCUGGCUAUGCGCGCGUGACCUCUUUCUUACCCUGGAUUCUAUCGAGAAAUUAAACUAUUGUAAUAAAUAAUACUAACAAUAUAA